AUGAAUCAUUCAUCCCGGCGCAAUGUGAACUCCCUCAUCGUAGGCAGGAGACGCUUUGGUGUACUUGACGACAACCACUCUUCGCCUGGGAGGCACACUGACCGCAUCUGGUGUAACUCCACCGUGAAACGGCAUCGCACUGUCGCUUCGAAGAGCAGUCGCUCGAGGGGGAGACUUCAUCCACCCUCACUCUGGGGCACAGAGAUGCGCCGUACACCACUGUGGGUUAUUUCACCAGCAGUGUGGAUACGAGCACCACCACCAGGAACCGCCUUCGGCCUGCAAAGCCUGACGACAUCUCACCGCUUCGUAUCACAGUCGUCCCACAGCGCGGAACCACCGGCAUGA